AUGUCUGCGAUAGUGUGCGGGAAGAGAUCCUUCUUCGAAGAGUUGAAUGUGACAAGCCCGCCUGUUAACAAGAGAAUCCGUUGUUCUUCGUCUUCCCCUGUCCGUUUCUCGCCUCCGAGACCCAGCCCAGCCAGCAGCUUCUCCACCCCGCCGCGGGCCCCUGUCGUCAGCUCGGCUUCUGCGCAUUUGGUCGAACAGCUCGCCGCUAUUUUCCCUGAGAUGGACAAGGAGCUUCUUGAGAGAGCACUUGCCGAAUGUGGGGAGGAUUUGGAUUCAGCCAUAAGGAGCUUGAACGAGCUUCGUUUGGGAUCGGCUGAUAAGAAUUUAGAUUCUGAUGGUGGGAAAUGUGAUGGACUCCUUGAUGCUAAUGGCAAUGUUCAAGGUGUUGAGCCAACCAAUGCUUCAGUUCCCCCAGCUGAGGAUCCUUCAAUUCCAACACAUGUUCAAAUGGACGGUGCAGAGUGGGUUGAGCUGUUUGUUAGAGAAAUGACUAGUGCUUCCAACAUGGAUGAUGCCAAAGCACGGGCAUCAAGAGCACUGGAAGCUCUCGAGAAAUCAAUCUAUGCACGUGCAGGUGCAGAAGCAGUGAAAAACUUUCAAUUGGAAAACCUAAAGUUGAAGGAGCAAGUCCAAUUACUCAUACACGAGAACACCAUUCUGAAGCGAGCUGUAACAAUUCAACAUGAGCGGCAGAAAGAGUUUGAUGACAGGAACCAGGAACUGCAGCACUUGAAGCAACUGGUGGCUCAAUAUCAGGACCAAUUGAGAACCUUGGAGGUGAACAAUUAUGCAUUGACGAUGCACCUGAAGCAGGCUCAGCAAAGCAGCUCGAUCCCCGGGCGGUUCCAUCCCGAUGUCUUCUAA